GCGCUCGCCCAGCCUCGGGACGUCGGCAGGGCAGAGAAGUGAGGCAUUGUCCCCGCGCAGUGUCACCCCACGAGCACCACCCCCGCCCAGGCCCCGGCUGGUGCCAGCUGCCGGCUGGGACACAGCGGCUGUGCCAUGGCCGGACUGCUCCGGCCAGCAGUAACCCUGCUCCUCCUCUGCUUUGCUGUGCGUCUCGAGGCCAGCCCGGAGCUGUCCGGGUAUCUGCGCAAGGUGCUGAGGAACCACACUGCCCACACCUGUGAUGGAGAGCAGCUCCUCAUCAUCUGCCCUCAUAAAACCACCAUCAGCAUCCUCGGGGCCUUCUACGGGCGUCGAGUGCCCAGCACCAGCCUUUGCCCCAGCCCCGACAAUGCCUCCCAGGAGAGCACCGAGUGCACGUCUGCCACUGCCCACCUGAAGCUGCUGGCUGAGUGCCAGGACCAGCAGUGGUGCCAGUUCUCAGUGCACAGCCAGGUCUUUGGACCAGACCCAUGUCCUGGGACACACAAGUAUCUCAUCGCAUCCUACAAAUGUCGGCCAGGGAACCAUCGGGUCAAGACCGUGUGUGAGAAUGACAAGCUCAGGCUGCAAUGUCGACCAAAAUCCAUCCUGGCCAUUUAUUCUGCAAGUUAUGGACGAUUCCUGCGGGGCAAACCAGAAUGUGAUGUCUUAAACACAGGAGAACCCCAUAUAGAGUGUGUGGCUCCAGAUGCUCUGCGCAGGGUCUCCAAGAAGUGCCACCGCAAGGGGAACUGCACCGUGGCUGCUGACAAGGCCACCUUUGGGGACCCGUGCCUCCCUGGCAUGAAGAAGCAGCUGCGAGUCUCUUACACCUGUGGUGAGAGCUCCCCACAGAGCCAGGGGCACAGGGGCUACUGGUGGAGUGUCUGCUCUGCCCACCCCAUGCCAGUGCCCAAGCAGCUGCUGGAGGAGGUGGGCCCUGACACCUCAGACCCCUUCCUGCUCUCGGACUACAUACACGGUGGCUGGUACAAAGGGCCCAGGUUCUCCAGGCUCCAGGAAGACCGCAUGAUUUUUACUAGCUCUCUGGCAGCUUUUGCUCACCUUUGGGGUGUUCCAGAGAAAGUUGCCCUCUACUUUCUUUGUGGAGUCUCAGGAGGCCUCAUGCUGCUGCUGUGCAUCAUCAGCCCCAAAACAACCUUCCUCCAGGAGGUGAGGGAGGCUCUCAAAGACCCAGAGCUGGGGAGCAGCUCAGAGCUGGGCAGGACAAAGUUGCGGGAUGAGCAGGAUGAAGACAUCCCUGAUGACAGCUCCUCAGACUCCUCCUUCCGCCGCCUCACCCGCACCUACCGGGCCACUGACAGCAUCUUCGGCCCUGAGCUGACGGCAGCUAUGGAGGGAGCAGUGGAGCACCAGGGCCACAGUGGGGAGGAGAUCUGGAUGCCCAAGGAGUCAAGCCCAUAUGCCAUACACAAGAUCAAAUCGGCCACCAAAUAAGAACUGGAAGAAAAUGGUUAGAGAGCAGGAGAGGAGUGCAGGCUCAGUGGGAUCCAACAUCAGAGAGACAUAAGAGUUCAGGCUCCUUGGGGUGACUGGACAUCCCGAGCAGCAGCAGGGUCAUGGCAGCUCCAGUGUGUCCAUCAACCAGCUGGGGGUGACAUGCAGACCCUCAGUGUGUUGAGGAGUUGUGUAAUGGUUCUGUGGGCCAUGGGCUCCUUUGCCACAGAUGCCACCAACCCUAACCUAACCUCCCUGUUCUCAGCUUGCAUUGUCUGGCUCUAGAGUUUAACCCUGAUCAGCUGUGCCAAGCCCACCCUGAGCCCUUUGAAGCUGCUUGCUCCUAUUUCUCCUUGGGUACUGGCUUCCACUCCUGGUGCUGCAAACACACCCUGCACUCAGGCACUGUGUCAGCAGUGGAGAGGAAGGAAUGGCGAGGAUAUAGGAAGAGGCAGGUGCAGUGGGUGUGCAAGCACAGCAGGCAUCACCAGCACAGCCCCACCACGGUGCAUGCCAUGCAGCCCUGCUGUGCCAAGGGAGCUGCUCCUCAGGCUGGGGCCACGGGCAGCUCAGCAUAACACAGGCUGUCACCUACCUGCAGGCAUUCAGGAGCUCUGUCACCCCAUGUUGCUCUAUGCUUUCCUCUCUACUCUCCCCAGUGGCAGGAGAGCCCCAAGUUUUAACUUGCUGUGUUUUGUUCCAGCGAAUAAAUGCAACAGCUCUUAGGCACAAUA